AUGAUCUCCAUCUACAUCCUCGUAGGCCUGGUGCUGCUUCGCCUCCUCUACGAAUACCACCGCGACCGCAACCUCCCCCCCGGUCCACGUCGCCUCCCCUUCAUCGGCAACAUCCAUCAAGUCCCGCAGAGCCAUCCCUGGCGAGUGUUCGAUGCCUGGAGCAAGAGGUACGGCCCGCUGAUGAGGGCGCAGUUCGGUCGCCAGACCCUCAUCCUCAUCGCGGACACCCGCAUCGCCCGCGCGCUCCUCGACAAACGCGGCGCCGUCUACAGCGAUCGCCCGCGCAUGGUUAUGGCCGGCGAGAACGUCACCCGUGGCAUGCAUAUGCUGCUACGGCCCUACGACGCGCGCUACCGGCUUCACCAGCGCAUGGAGGCGCCCGUGCUCAGCCCACGCGCGUCGGCCACGUACACGCCGCUGCAGGAACUUGAGAGCACACAGCUCCUCACUGACCUCCUCCGCUCCAACAACUUCACGAUCCACAUCCAGCGCUACACCGCCAGCCUCGUCUACGGCCUCGCCUAUGGCUUCCGCCUGCCCACCGGCGCCGAGCCCGAGCUCCUCACCCUCCGCCGCAUCCUGCACAACUUCGGCCACGUCGCCCGCGUCGGCACCUGGCUCGUCGACGCCAUCCCACUCCUCAACUACCUCCCCGCAUGGCUUGCGCCCUGGAAACGCAGCGCCAACGCCCUCUUCGAGCUGGAGGCUGACCUCCACCGCCGCAACAUGGACACUGCCCUGCACAACAAGCCGUGGAACUGGACCAAGGAGCUGGCUCGCUCGCCGCACGCCACCCCCAUGAGUCCGCUCGAGUUCGCCUACGAUCUCGGCAACCUCACCACCGCCGGCUACGACACCACCGCGUCGGCCAUGCGCGUCUUCGUGCUAGCGGCUGUAACGGCACCAGCCUUCAUUGCGGCCGCGCAGCGCGAACUCGACACCAUCGUCGGCCCCGACCGCCUCCCCUCCUUCGCGGAUAAAGAGAACCUGCCCUACAUUGCCGCCGUGGUCGAGGAGACGCUGCGCUGGCGCAGCAUCGCGCCCGGCGGGCCGCCGCACGCCACCAGCGCGGAAGAUGAGUACAUGGGGUACCGGAUCCCGAAGGGCGCGACGGUCAUGCCGCUGCACUGGUCGAUGAGCAUGGACGCGGGGGACUUCCCGGACCCGCUGGCGUUCCAGCCCGAGCGGUGGCUGGCGGCUCCGCAGCAGCAGCAGCAGCAAGGCGGGGAUGGGAAGGGGAAUGAGCACGAGCGGUUCACGAGUUUCUUCGGCUGGGGCCGCCGCAUGUGCGCGGGGCGGCACAUCGCGCGCAACUCGCUGUAUAUCUUGAUUGCGCGGCUGCUGUGGGCGUUUGAGAUCCGGGCCGCGGAGGGGCCAGACGGUCGGCCGAAGCAUGUGGAUGAUAUGGCGUUUGAUGAUGGGUUGGUGUCUUCGCCGGAGCCGUUUGAGGCGGUGUUUGUGCCGCGUAGCGAGGCGGUGCGGCGUGUCGUGGAGGGCGAGUGGGCCGGGCUCGAGAAGGAUAUGGAGGUGGUGAUGGGGGGGAUCCGGGAGCGGCAGAGGGCGAUUGGGCUGGAGGUGCGGGUGUAG